GGCAGAAUUGGCUUCAACUCUCUACUGACACUUCAUUUCAUUUGUUACACGUGAUUCAUUCUUUCGGGACAUGAACGUAUUGUGAGCUCGGUGAGUUUCUCUAAAGGUUUUAAAAUGUCAGAUCACGAACUUACCGAAGACGAUCACGAGAUAAAUGUUUUAGAUACCGAUUCGAGGUUAUCUCAUAGUGAUAGUGAGGCAAGGAGUUCGAGGAGCCAUUGCAGCUCUCCCGAAAAUGUCACUACUCCUCAUGGUUCCUCCAACACUCUGCCAUUCAGUAUAUCUAAUUUAUUAGGAAAAAAUUUCGGACAUAAACCGGACAAUGAAUCAGAUACCUUGUAUCAAAACCCCGCGGGUUUAUUUCAACAAAGAAGUGCGUUGGGGUUGGUUCCAUCGGGGUUUUACGGACAAGGUGUAUUAAGAGUGCCGGCACAUAGACCUUUAGGAGGUCCUUCCAGUCCACCUGGACCUAUGUUUAGUCCUUGGUCAUUGGGAUUGGAUCCGGUGUUGCAGAGAUCCGCCGCAGCUGCCGCUUUUGCGAGCCAAGUUGUUAAAGACAGACUUGCUGCGACGUUUCCUAUGACGAGGAGGAUAGGACACCCGUACCAAAACAGAACACCACCUAAAAGGAAGAAACCGCGUACAUCAUUCACAAGGUUACAAAUAGCAGAACUAGAAAAACGUUUCCACAAACAGAAAUAUUUAGCAUCAGCCGAACGAGCUGCUUUAGCGAAGACGCUGAAGAUGACCGACGCACAAGUGAAAACGUGGUUUCAAAACAGACGGACGAAAUGGCGACGGCAGACAGCAGAAGAGCGAGAAGCCGAACGACAAGCAGCGAACAGACUGAUGUUAUCCCUUCAAGCAGAAGCCCUGUCUAAAGGCUACAUCAGUGAAGGACCUCCUCCUCAACCAGGUCCUGGUGAUACGGCGCUUAGCGCAUUACAAAAUUUACAACCUUGGGCUGGACCAUACAGUGCUCCUCAACCCGCAUUGGCGGAAUCAAUGUGUUAAAGAACAACAAAGACCUGUGAGGUUUUCCUAGACUGUGCAAUAGUACGAGUUUUAGCUGUGUAUAUAUUUUUUGAAGUUUCGGACACAAUUAUUGCUAGUAAUAAAUUGUAAAUAUUCUUAAAUGCUAUAUAUUCUAUUUACUAUAAUUAAAUUCACCAAUUUGGGCUCUACA